AGCGAGCGGCCCGGGUUGGCGCGCCCAGCCCCACAGCGGAUCAUGGUGCAGCAGGCGGAAAGCUUGGAAGCGGAGAGCAACCUGCCCCGGGAGGCGCUGGACACGGAGGAGGGCGAAUUCAUGGCUUGCAGCCCGGUGGCCCUGGACGAGAGCGACCCGGACUGGUGUAAGACGGCGUCGGGCCACAUCAAGAGACCGAUGAACGCCUUCAUGGUGUGGUCCAAGAUCGAGCGCAGGAAGAUCAUGGAGCAGUCCCCGGACAUGCACAACGCUGAGAUCUCCAAGAGGCUGGGCAAGCGGUGGAAGAUGCUGAAGGACAGCGAGAAGAUCCCGUUCAUCAGGGAGGCGGAGCGGCUGCGGCUGAAGCACAUGGCCGACUAUCCCGACUACAAGUACCGGCCCCGGAAAAAGCCCAAAAUGGACCCCUCGGCCAAGCCCAGCGCCGGCCACAGCCCGGAGAAAAGCUCGGCGGGCGGCGGCGCAAACGGGGGCGCAAGCGGCGCGGGCGCAAGUGGCGCGGGCGCGAGCGGCUCCGGAGGCGCCAAGACCUCCAAGGGCUCCAGCAAGAAAUGCGCCAAGCUCAAGGCCCCCGCGGCCGCCGGCGCCAAAGCGGGCACCGGCAAGGCCGCCCAGCCCGGAGACUUCGGGGGCUCCGGCGACGACUACGCUCUGGGGAGCCUGCGCGCAAACUGCACGGGAGGAGGCGCUGGCGGCGGGGGCGCAGGGAAGUCGGUGAAGUGCGUCUUCCUGGACGAGGACGAGGACGACGAGGAGGACGACGACGAGCUGCAGAUGCGCUUCAAGCAGGAGGCGGAGGAGGAGGACGAGGAGCCCGCGCACCACCAGCUCCUGCAGCCCCCCGGGCACCAGCAGCCGCCGCAGCUGCUGAGACGCUACAACGUCGCCAAAGUGCCCGCCAGCCCGACGCUGAGCAGCGCCGCGGAGUCCCCGGAGGGGGCCAGCCUGUACGACGAGGUGCGGGCGGGCGCGACCGCUGGCGUUGGGGGUGGCAGCCGCCUCUACUACAGCUUCAAGAACAUCACCAAGCAGCACCCGCCGCCGCUGGCGCAGCCCGUUCUGUCCCCCGGGUCCUCGCGCUCAGUAUCCACCUCGUCGUCGUCCAGCAGCAGCAGCGGUGGCAGCAGCAGCGCGGGUGACGACGCCGACGACCUAAUGUUCGACCUGAGCUUGAAUUUCUCCCAAAGCGCGCACAGCACCAGCGACCAACAGCUGGGGGGCGGCGCGGCAGCUGGGAAUCUGUCCUUGUCGCUGGUGGAUAAGGAUUUGGAUUCGUUCAGCGAAGGCAGCCUGGGAUCCCACUUCGAGUUCCCCGACUACUGCACGCCGGAGCUGAGCGAGAUGAUCGCGGGGGACUGGCUGGAGGCGAACUUCUCUGACCUGGUGUUCACGUAUUGA